AUGAAGUCCUUCACUGCCAUCACCCUCCUCAUUGCCGCCGCCAGCGCGCGCACCACCCCAAUCCGCGCCCGCCAGGCCACCGCCGAGGGCUACAUCAUCCUGCCCAGCGAGCUCGCCUCGCACGACGUCAUCGACGGCGACAACGUCUUUGCCGUGGGCACCGCCACGGCGCGCAACGGCGACAUCGAGCUGUCGACCCUGUACUCGAUCACCUUUCCCGCGGCCGUGGCGGGCAAGACGUGCGCCGCCCGCUUCUUUUCCGGCCGCGCCACCGACUCGGUCGUCGGGACCGGCGAGCUCGACUUUUUCUCGACCGGCAUUACCGACCUGGCCGGCCAGGCCAACGGUAACCUGCGCGACCAGGCCCUGGGCCGCAUCGCCUUUGUCCCCGGCCAGAGCGGCGACUUUGUCGUUGACCCCAACGUGCCCUUUGUCUAUGCUGGUGGCUUCCCCUGCCCCGCCGGCCAGACCAUUGUCCUGGAGAGCGCGGCUGUCGGCGAGUUUGAUGUCGUCUCUGUCGGACAGGACUUUGCGGGUUCCUUCAACCCGGCCCAGGGUGUCCCCAACGGUUUGAGCUUUGUUGCCUACUAA